AUUGACACAUAUCUUAUAUAUGGUUAAGGUGCAAGACAAAAAAGGAGAGAAAAGAUGGAAGAAAGUUGAUGUAAACUUGAAAGAACAUGUGAGAACCCCAAUAUUCCCAGAAACACUAGAAUCAAACGACACGUGGUUUCAAGAUUACUUAUCAAGAAUAUCAAUGGAGGAAUUAGCACAAAGCAAGCCCUUAUGGGAAGUUCACAUAGUAAAUAGCCCUACAAGUGAUGCACAUGGGAGUGUGAUAUUCAAGCUUCACCAUGCACUUGGAGAUGGCUACUCUCUAAUGGGUGCACUUCUAUCAUGUCUUCAAAGAGCUGAUGACCCUUCUCUUCCUUUGUCUUUUCCAACUCUCAAGCCUUCAAAGCAAGAAUCUAAGUCCACCAAGGGAAUUUGUUCAAGCUUUUCUUGGUUGGUGUCUUCGGCAUUUUACACCGUGGCAGAUUUUGGAUGGAGCAUGUUGAAGAGUAGCAUCAUUAAUGAUGAAAAGACACCAAUUAGAUCUGGGAAUGUUGGGGUUGAGUUUCAACCGAUUUCUAUAUCAACCAUGGCUUUCUCUAUCAAUCAAGUCUCGGAUAUCAAGUCUAGGCUUGGAGUGACAAUAAACGAUGUAGUAACUGGAAUAGUGUUCUAUGGGACAAGAUUGUAUAUGGAAGAAAUGAACUCCAAAUCAAAGACAGCAGAAUCCACUGCAUUGGUGUUACUGAAUACAAGAAACAUUGAAGGAUACCAAUCAAUCAAUGAUAUGCUCAACACCAAAGCCAAGGGUCCUUGGGGCAACAAAAUUUCCUUCUUGCAUGUUCCUAUUCCCAAAUUAAAACAAAGUAGAACCUCUAAUCCUUUAGAGUUUAUUUGGGAAGCACAUAACAUAAUCAAGAGAAAGAAACAAUCUUUAGCUGUUCCUCUUACCGGCACACUAUUGGAAAUGGAGGGUAAAUUCAGAGGCCAAGAGGUUUUGAUGUUGGGCCGAACAGAAAAGAAAAAUGGUUGCAAGUCCAAUUGUAUUAAAAAUACAUUCAGCAUUGUUACAAAAUUAUUUUGAUCCUUGUGGCUGAAUUGUUGUUA